CCGGAGAGAAACGACGGGUCUUCGAUUUCCCCUCUCCCCGUGAAGGCAGAAUCAGUCGAAGAUGCCAUUUCACGCCGGAGUCUACUACCCCUACACAAGUGACACCCAAGGGACCCACUCAUCAGCAGGGAUCCCGUCCCUGUUGAAUUCCCCGCUCAGCCAGCACUCUGUAAACGGCCACUCUGUACCCGCACCAGGCAUGACUCCAUCCAGCGGAGCCUCCACUGUUCUCCCCUUCAAGUUCCGCCCGCGCAGGGAAAGCGUGGACUGGCGGCGGAUUAACGCCGUGGACAUAGACCUGGUGGUGAGCCAGCUGGACGUGGACACCCUUCAGGAGCACAUCGGCACAGUGACAUUCUGCAGCUUGGAUGGGGAGCGAUGCCAGCGGUGCCAGAGCCCCGUGGACCCGGCUCUGGUCAAGCUCUUACGGCUGGCCCAGCUCACAGUGGAGUGGCUGCUGCACUGCCAGGAAUUCCUCACCCACAACCUGCGAGCGGCGGAGGAGAGGCUGGCGGCUGCCGGCAGUGAGCGCGAGCAGCUGCUGGCUCAGCAGAACAAGCAGGAGGAGAAGGUGAAGACGCUGACCACAGAGCUCAAGCAGAGGAAGAAGGUUAUUCGCACCCAACAGUCCUUGCUGGCGCCUCGACUCAUCAGCAGCCAGAAGUGUCCACAAUGUGAUAAAUCCUUCCUCAAUUCCUCCUUUCUCCAGAAUCACAUGCAGCGCCGUCACCCUGAUGAGUAUGAGAUCCAGUUGCGGUCAGACAGUGAAAAGAAAUCUCAGAUUGAAAGCCUCAAACUGGAGAUCAGCAGCCUGAAGGAGCAGAUCGUUCAACAGCAACAGACCUUGCAAGCCAAAACAGCUCAGGAAAAAGAGCAGCAGUCCAUGCACAAAGACCUGCUCAGAGAACUGGACCGCUUUAAGGCCGAGGAGAUGGCUCGCAUGGAGAGGAAGAUAGAAGACAGCAGGGACGGCAUGCGCAGAGAGAUGGAGUUUCUCUACACCCGAAACAUUCAUGCUCUCAAUGAAGCAAAUCAGAAUCAGACCUCCAAGCAUGAAAAAUCCCCCAGCCCUGUUCAGUCACAGCCCGAGAGAGACCUGGACAUCUACAAAGAGAUGCAGAUACAAGCCAUCCAGAAGCUGGAACACCAGAUGAAGAAACAGGAUAAAAAGUGGGAAUCCAGGCUUUACGAAAUUAAGGCUCAACAUGAGACUGAGAAGAAUCAGCUGCUGAACGAGCUGAGCAGAAUGCAGUCGUCUGUGUCCGAGCACCAGGAGCUGAGCCAGAGGCUGCAGCAGGAGCUGGGGAGGCGGCUGCAUGAGAAGGAGCAAACCAUCAAGGCUCAGAGGGAGCAGAUAAGGAAUAUUUCCUCAAAUCCGCCCAUCAGAGUAGUGGAAGUACCAGUCAGUGCAGCAGCUCCAGAGCCUAAACCAAAGAGAGUUGUACUUGACUCGAGCAUCUCCGAGAGAAGACCAGUGGAGAAGAAGCCUGAGCCUGCAGCGGAGAAGCAGAGGGUGACCACCAGCGCUCUGAAAAGGAACCCCAACAUUAAGAAAGAGAUGCGACCAGAGCUGGAGCUGGCUGUUAUUAAGAAGCUGGAGAACCUGGGGAUCAAGUCUGAUCAGAGCGGUCUGAAGAGCAAGGAGCUCACUUCCAUCAUGGCCAGGGUGCACUCGAAGCGGGAGAGCAUAGCGAAGGGGAUGCCGGACUACUGGCGCCAUCGAGAGGAGAUCGCCGGCACUGUGGAACAGAAGCUGGGCGGUCAGAGGAGAGGCAGCGACCCUGCUGCUGAGUCACAGGCCAGAUCCAGACACUCAGUUCAAGUUCUGCAGAUCCGGCCUCGGUCCAGUAGCCUUCCCUCCAGAGCCACCCAGGUGACGUCCAGACCUGCAGUCAAACAGUCCAAGACCCCCCAGCCAGCCCCAAGGACCAAGAGCACCACCCAACCCAAGACAUCUACGCCCAACACCAAAUCUGCUGUGAGGACCUUCACAACCAGGACUCCUCCUUUCAGUUCAGAUGAGGAAUCUAAAGAAGAGGACACAGACAUGGAGGAGGAACAGCCCCCGAAACACCAGAGGGGCAAAUCACCACAGCCCAGACUAAACCAGGCGACCCCAGUCCAAAUCAGAUCGAGCAAAGCCAGUCCGGUCCAGGCCAGGCAGGCCGCCGUCAGGCAGUCGUUCUCCUCCAACCCCCAGCAGUCCUGGGGGUCAGUGGGUGUUGUGACCAAGACCGCAGUCUCAAAGAUGGAGAGCGACGAGGACGAUUGGUCCGAGGUCAGCGAGCUACAGGAGAUUGACCCCAAGCAGCUCCAGGGUUACAGAGACCAGAACGGCAACGUGGAUAAGAGAAACUUUGGUAAAGAGAACAAAAUCAACGUCCUAGCCAGAAAAAUGGAGCAGUUUGCAGACAGAGCAGUGAAGAAACCAGCAGGGGGCGUCAGCAUCUUACCAGAGCGUAAAGAUGAGGUGCAGGAACUGACGUACACAGAUCUAGAGGAGAGCAGUGAGUGGAUGGUCUCCUCCUUAGAGGAACGACAGGAAAUGUCUAAACCAGCUCACGGCUCUGGAUCGCUGAGGAAGAGUCUGGACUCACCCAGCACCAGCGUGUGGGGGACCUCCACAGGAAAGGCUCCCAAAUCAGCAGGUCUGACUGAAGCCGGGACGGGAAGCACCCUGAAGAGCAGCCUCUGCUCCCUCAGUGACAUCAGUGACUCUGAAGACAUUAGCAAUAAAUACAGUAAACACUAGAGCUGAUCAGGUGAUGUAGCACUAUGCCAAGCACAGAAAUAAAGACCUCAAUCAACUCCUCUGACAUCCACAGUCCUUGCCAAAUAGCCAUAUUUUAUACUUUUACAUGGAAGCUACAAUACAAACAUGAGCAAUACUUAACAAAGGGAGUGAGUCUGUUCAGGAUUCAGAUUUCUCAUUUAAUAAAUAUGUUAGGGAUAAACGGGAUUACACGUUGAUUGACUUUGUGAGUCUCAUCGUACGCCUUGUGCCAAUCCUCUGCUUGCCUUACACCUUUUCAGUGUUCAUCUUUUAAUAGAUUCAGUUUCGUAUAUUCUAUUAAAUGUAACCAACACCCCAAAUGAAGUACUGUAUGUGGUUUGUGUAAAAUUUUGUAUAUCAAAUUUUAUAAUGCCUUCAUGUGCUAAAUGGAGCGAUGAGCUGUGAUUUUGUAUAGAAAAUAUUUAUA